AUGGAGGGCGAGACGCAGCCGCCGCCGGAGAGGAUGCAAGGCCAGGCGCGGCCGCUGCCGGCGUGUGUAUCCAAGGUGCUCGACGACGGCAACCUCCUCAGAGAGAUCAUCGUCCGCGUCGGCUUCCCCAGCAGCCUCGUCCGCGCCGCCUGCGUCUGCCGGCGCUGGCUCAGCCACGCCUCCGACCGCGCAUUCCUCCGCCGUUUCCGCGAGCUCCACCCGCCAAGACUCCUCGGCUUCUACCUUGCACAAAGCUAUCCGUACAACGCCGCACGUUUCUUCCCGAUGCUGCCUCAGCCCCCGGAGCUCGCUGCGGUCAUCCGCCGCACAAACUUCUCCAAAAAAGAAGGUGGUACCAUGGUGGGCUGCUCGAACGGCAGCGUCCUCACCCGCCGCAUAAACUUCAGCGUCCUCAGCCUCACCAACAGCGUCCUCGCCUACGAGCUUGUAUUUGCAGUGCACAGCCCACUGUGCUAUGACAAUGACCAUGGUAUGGCCAUCCUCCCAGGAUUACAGUUCACAAUGCCCUGUUUGUACAAUUGGGCAGUGGCGGAGCUUCAGCAAGGCUACAUGGGCCAUGGCCCGCCCAGCUUUGCACCACCUCCUCCUAUUAUAGCCGGCCCAUGGGCCGGGGAAAAACCAAUUUCAUGCAAUUUAGCCUACCCAGCCCGCCCAGGAAUUUGCUGCAAGCUCCGCCACUGCAAUUGGGCACAACUCUUCUCCAAAGAAGAAGGGGAUGGCUCGUCCUACUUUUAUGUCACCGUGGAGGAUACCAUGGAACCUAAGGUGAACGUGUAUAUGUUGCAAACUGGUGAUGAUGCCUGGCACAAACAUCUCACCUUGGGGUCAGACCGCCUCCUGCAUCCACAAUCUAGGCCGAAAGGCGUACUUGUUGACAACAAAAUCUAUUUCGCGACCGACAAUGCAAUUGUUGUCCUAGAUUUGACAUCCUCAAUCUUAUCGACAAUUCAGCUCCCACACGGGGUGGGUUUUGACCUAGGCACCACCAUGUUGUCGCGGGUCGAUGAUGGUUCUGGUGUAUAUCUCAUCCAUAUCAAGGAGCUUCAACUUUAUAUCUGGCUCCACAAUGGGGACAAUUGGUUGCUGGUGGACACCAUUUGCUUGAGCGAAACAUGUGCUGGUUUGCUUGAGGAUGAGCCUACUGCUGAUAUCCAGAUAAACCAUGUGGGGGACUAUAAUGGGUUUGUAUUCUUGGAGAUGGGUCGAUCCGCACUCUAUUUGGAUGUCAGGCGCAGGAGGCUGUGUAAAGUGUACGAGAUGACAACAGAGGAGAAAUGUUUGGGUAAUAUCUAUCCUUUAAUGAUGACCUGGCCUCCCAUUUUCCCUGCUCUCCGUCCUGCAAGGAAUGCCACGUGAAGGGAUACGAGGAAGCUUUUGGAUGGCUUGUGACUAAGGGCGCCAUCAAUGAAGAGCACAGGGCUGCACAUUUCGUCAGUAGUACUUGUAACCGUGUUCAUUUUUACUAGUAUAGUGAACCAAUAAGGCAUCAGUAGUGCCACUCUGUUAGCGACCAAUUAAUUCCUCUGUUUCGUCGUCUAGAAGACAUGUAUGCCGAGUACCUCUCUUGCCUGGUCUGUUUGUGUUGGUGUCUUGUGUGCUUCAACUGCUUGCUUUUGUAUGUUGAACAGCAGAUUUAGUACUGCUUCAGCUGUUAGUAGUGGUAUUUCUGGAGAAGUGUCUUACUGUUCAGCA